AUGGGAAAAAGAUGUCAAAUUUGUGACAAAAAAUGUUCUGGGGAUAUUUUAAAAGCUGAUGGUGAUAAAUAUUUUCAUAUUGCUUGUUUUUCAUGUAAAAAUUGUAAUAGACCAUUAACUGAUACUGGAUUUUAUACUACAAAUGAUGGAAAAUAUCUUUGUCCAGAUGAUUUUAGGGCUCUUGCAACAGGACAUCAUAGUAAAAAUGAAAAAUCACAGAUGAUUAUUGAUACAACAUUAAUUAAUACUAAAAAUAAAAAUGGAACUACACCAUCAAUUCAAUCUCCUAUACCAUCUCCAAUUCCAAAUGCUACAUGUGCGGCUUGUUCAGAAUCCCUAGCUACGGGUCAAGUAUUGUUAGCUUUAGAAAAACAAUGGCACGUUUGGUGUUUUAAAUGUACUGAAUGUGAUGCUGUAUUACAAGGUGAAUAUAUGGCUUAUGAAGGAAAACCAUUAUGUAUAAGAGAUUAUCAUAAAGUUCAUGGUGUAAAAUGUUAUGAAUGUGAAAAAUUUAUUGCUGGACGUGUUUUACAAGCAGGAGGUUACAAAUUCCAUCCAACAUGCGCAAAAUGUACAAGAUGUGAUAGACAUUUUGGUGAGGGUGAAGAAAUGUAUAUGCAAGGUAAUGAAAUUUGGCAUCCAGCAUGUGAAAUUUCCCAAAAAACAGAAAAUUUAGCUUUAGUUACUGCUGGAUCAAAAACAAGUUCUAUUAGUAAAAGUACAAAAGGUCCUAAAUAUCAGAGUACAUUAAGUCAACAUUUAAUUUAUAUGUAUUCAUUACCGGAUGCCGAAGAUUCAGCAUAUCUUAAACAACCAAUUUCACCUCAUCCGCCUAAACCACCACAAUUUCAUACACCUAUUGCUCCAAUCAAAAUACGUAAAUCAAGAUAUUCUAUGCUUAAAACUGGUAUGCAAAGACUUACCGAAGAUUUAGAAAGAAAUAUACCAAGAGCAAAAUCACCACAUAUGGAUAAUGAAGAACCAAUUGAAAUGUCACAUUUUCCUGCUGGACAUGCACCAGAACCAGGUGCACCACCACCAAUAGAAAGAGAAGAUUUUCCAGCUCCACCAUAUCCAUAUGCUGUGGAAGAACUUAAACGUCGUUUAUCAUCAUCAUCUAUAGAAAACGAUGAUGAAGAUGAUGAUUUUGUUGAUAAUGACAGAAUAGAUGAAGAAAAAUUAAAAAGUGCUGUUGAACAGUUAGAUAAAUUUGAAAAAGAUUCUGGAAUAGCAUAUGUUAUUAAACAGAAUCUUCAAGAAAGUAAAAAUAAACAAAGAUUACCAUUACAUUGGGAUCCAAGAAACGCUUCAAGAACACCAUCAGCUAAAAAAAUGCCACAUUUAAAGUUUCGUUAUGAUACACCAAUUAAUGCAUCACCAUCGAGGCAUUUAAAUAGACCAAAACCAUGGGUAUUUUGGAAAGAAGGUGGUGUAACAGAAAAACAUACAUUAAAUACAUUACCAAAUUUUCAUGUACCAAAUUGUGAAACAAUGAGUAAAGCUGCAACACUUCCUGAUGGAUACGGAUAUGAUGGUUAUGGAAUGUCAAUGGACCAUCUUGAUACAACAAUAUCAUCACAUUUUUCAGAACACUCACUAAAUAGUGUUACAUUAUCAUCUCACGGAUAUCCUACAAAAGGUACAAUGAUGAAUGGUGGUGAUAUUCGUACAAAUUUACGUUCAUCAUUACCAGAUAUGUCAAAACCCGUUAAAAACUAUAAAUUAUCAGAGCUUCAAACGACAAAUAAAGAGUUACCUGAAAAUGUUGACAGAAUGCAUUUAGAAAGACAUUUGUGUAGAGAAGAAUUUGAAGAUACUUUUGGAAUGACACCUAUUGAAUUUUAUAAAUUACCAGAAUGGAAAAGAAUUAAUUUAAAAAGGAAAGUUAAACUUUUUUAA